UACUUAAUCCUCGACCCGAGUGUGCUCAAAUUUUCAUAGCAGUAGCUAAUUCAUGGGCCAUGAGCUUCACUUUGGCGCGCUUCAUCUUCCACUUUGCGGGGAUAUCCUCACGAGCAGCAGGUACCACCGGAAGCUGUGGCUCUCUUCUUUCAACCUCCGGGAGGAGAAAAUUUACCGCGACUCCCAUCCCCUUAGCUACAAAGUCAAGUGAAGAGCUGUUGGUGGUGGUUGGGGGUGGAGCAGCUGGAGUUUUUGGGGCAAUUAGAGCAAAGACCCUGGCGCCUAAUCUGAACGUGUUGGUUAUUGAGAAAGGGAAACCUCUGUCAAAGUCUUAUUGUUGGCAGGUGAAAAUAUCUGGAGGUGGCCGGUGCAAUGUGACAAAUGGGCAUUGUGCUGACAAUUUGAUUCUGGCGGAACAUUAUCCUAGGGGUCAUAAAGAACUGAGAGGAUCUUUUUUCAACACACACAGCACAGCAGAUACCUUGUCCUGGUUUUCUGAUCAUGGGGUGGAACUUAAGAUUGAAGAUGAUGGAAGGGUUUUCCCAGUCAGUAACAGUUCUUCUUCGAUAAUUGAUUGUCUCAUGUCUCAAGCAAUGAAGAUAGGAGUUUCUCUGCAGACUGGAAAAGUUGUGACAACCGCUUCUGCUAGCAGUUUGGGAAAAUUCCUUCUUAAGAUUGAGAAGCGGACAAUCGAUUAUGUUGAAUAUGUUGAAGCUGAUUAUCUAUUGAUUGCUAGUGGUAGUAGUCCUCAGGGUUAUAGGCUUGUAGCUCAGCUCAAUCAUUCAAUUGUUGAUCCAGUGCCAAGCUUAUUUACUUUCAAGAUUGAGGAUCCAAAGCUGGCAGAGUUGGCAGGGGUUACUUUUCCUAAAGUUAAAGCAAAGUUGAAAUUGGAAAAUGUCCGAAGGAACAUACCACAGCUCACACAGGUUGGGCCCAUGUUAGUCACACACUGGGGACUCAGUGGGCCUGUAGUUCUUCGGCUAUCUGCUUGGGGGGCCCGUGACCUUUUCAGCUUAGGUUAUGAAGGAAUUCUUAUUGUGGAUUUUACUCCUGAUUUGAACAUGGAAGAUGUGAAGUCUAUACUUAGUCAACACAAGCUUCAAUUUGUGAAGCAAAAGGUGCUCAAUUCAUGUCCUUCGGAAUUUGGUCUUGUCAAGAGAUUUUGGAAGUAUAUAUUGAAUCGUGAGAGCUUAGUUGAGGAUAUGUUGUGGGCUUCCAUUUCAAAUAACUCAUUAAAUUCUGUUGCUUCUCUAUUAAAGCAUUGUAGUUUCAGAGUGACAGGGAAGGGUCAAUUUAAGGAUGAAUUUGUUACUGCUGGAGGCAUCCCGCUGUCUGAGAUCUCAUUAAAUACAAUGGAAAGCAAAAUACAUUCACAUCUAUACUUUGCAGGAGAGGUACUGAAUGUUGAUGGGAUAACUGGUGGUUAUAAUUUCCAGAAUGCUUGGUCAGGCGGAUACAUUGCAGGAACAAGUAUUGGUGAAUUAGCUAGGGUUACUGAUCUUGAGGAGAGGGUUCUAUGACAUAUAUAUGGACAUAACUGCGGAUGUAUUAAUUGGUAAGAUUCCUGCCUUCCACAUACAGCAUGAUUUCUUAAAAAGUUCUUAAUGAUUCAGUAUGUGCGAAGGUUCCGAUCAAAUUGUAAACGGAUAGAGUUCUAUUUGAUAUGGAGUUUCAUUAUCAACA